UCGACAGGUCGUCACCUGUUUGUGGCUGUAGAGAUGGAUGUCACCUCUCGACCUCUCCUAUUGGUUUGCGCAUAUAUUGCGGCUGCGCUGAUUGGUGGAGCCCGCUCGGAGGGGAUGUGUCUUCAAGACGGCAAGCACAAGGCCACGCCCAGCCCGGAGCCACACCUGAGGGACUGCGCCCUGUACGCUGACAAUAGCUGCUGCACAGAAGAAGGCAUCCAGGACAUCUCCCAUGUUCCCUCUGCCAGCAAUAAGAAUGAACCCUGGGACAAAUGUGGGCCUCUGAGCUCCGAGUGUGAAGGUUUCCUGAAGCGUGUGUCAUGUUUUUACCGCUGCUCCCCCGAUGCCGCUCGAUGGCCUCACCCCCAUCGCCGCUCGUACAUCCAGGCUGUGCCGCUCUGCCACAGCUUCUGUCGUGAUUGGUUUGUCGCCUGCAGGAUGGACUUGACGUGUGCUCGUAACUGGGCCAGAGACCCCAGAGGACAGAACUGCACUGGAGCCUGUGUCCAGUACCAGCAGAUGUACCAGCACGGCAGGGAUCUCUGCGAGAGCCUGUGGGGCGAUGCUUUCAUGACGGUGGAGGAUGAGCCUGAGGAUGUGGGAGAGGCCGGAGAGAUCGGGGUGGAGGGGGACGGCAGUCGCCCCUGCGGCUGCCUGACCCUGAGCCCAUCCGACAAGGACGUGAUCGCCGCCCUCAGGGCCCAACAGGACGACCCGGAGGAGCUGGACACCACCAAGACGGGUCUGCCCCAGUACCGGGCCCCUUGCCAGACCAAGCUGCCACUGCAGGCCAGGAGCAGCAGGAAGGGGAACUCCGUGCUGCGUAAACGCUCGGUCAUGGUAGACGACGGGGAGGGGAGCGGCAGCGGCUUGUAGAGAGGAGUGAUAGAUGACAAUGAAUUUAGAGUUAAUUGUCUAGAUCCUAAUAUACAAAAUCUAUCUCUUGAAAUGGAGUUGUAACCUUGCUCCUCUAAUUAACCUUACCACACAAACCUAAGCUCUCAUUAUCAUCAUCAUUACAUUUCAGAUAUAAUCUGUAUGGUUUUAAGUAGUACUAUAUCUGGCAUAAGAUAGACAGACAAGCUUGAAACACUUCCUGAUCAAUUAUUUGAUUGAAAACCCGAAACAGCCAGGAUUUCAAAAAGAAUAGUUACUAUAAAGAAAAGUAUUUAAGGGCAAAAUCCUCAAUUCUGCAAGGGCUCUCACUUCAAUAACAAGACUUCCUUCCUAAUAUUGAUAUUGCAUAAUGGUUGCACAAAUGUUUUAUUGCUAGCUAACAAGGUGAUUUCUUUUUUUUUUUUUUACCAGGUCAGAUAUCUUAUUUGUUUUGAAUAGCUCAGUAAAACACAUCACUCAACAUUAAGAUACGAGGUGUGUGAAGUCUUGUACAUGGGAAAUGUAAAGUGCUACAGAUUUAGCUGCAUGAGUCAGAUCAUGUCGUCAUUAACCAGAGGACCGUCCGCGACAGUACUACAAACAUAACGUACCUGCACCAGUACUUCACCACCCUGCUUCUUCUUUUCAAUCAUCUAGGUGACUUUAAUCCCUGCGUUAGUCAUUUGUCACGUGCAGAUCUUACUGUUGUGAUGCCGUACCGUGCAGUCUACAUGUCAUUAAGGUGUAUGAUGGUGGAGAAAGUCACGCAGAGUCAUGAUAAUAAUGAAUGUAACUUAGAUUUAUCUGACAGGGACUACUGGCCUGAACGUGAGGGAUCUGGCGCGAUAAUGACAAUGGAGAUUUAUGCUUAAUACCUGAGGGGAGUUUUAAUAUUCAGAAACAAAAUCUGCUCACUAGAGUUAAAUCCACAGAGGCUGUAUUCAGGCUAGAUAAGGUUGCUCUGGUAGUUUGAUCACACAACAUCAAUGUACUGUGGAUGUUUCUUUUAUAAUAAUCACGUCAUGUAUUUCUAGAGUGAGGCACUGUUACAUGUAAAUGUUUUGUAAAAAAAAAAAGAAAAAAAAAGGGAAACUGAUUUGUCUGGUUAAUGGUCAGCUUGCUGAAAUGGGUGUUCCUGUGCUUUUCUUUACAUUCUCAAUAAAGACAACAUUUCUAAAUGUCA